GUGUGGUAUGCGGCGUCGUAUGCAGAGUUUGUCAAUGAGAAGAUCCACAAUGUUACAGAAGAAGAGAGAAAAGUGCUGAGGGAGCAGGAGAAGAACUGGCCCUGUUACGAGUGCAACCGGCGCUUUGUGAGCUCUGAACAGCUGCAGCAGCACCUCGACAUGCACGACGACAAGUCAAACUCUGUGACCAGAUCCAGAGGCCGGGGUCGAGGAAGAGGCAGGAGGAGAUUUGGGACAGGAAGAAGGCCGGGACGCCCGCCUAAAUUCAUACGUUUGGAUCCACCAGUAGACGGCGACAAGACAACAGAGAUUCUGGAAUUAACGGAGAAGCCUCUGGAGGAGCAAGUGGACGGAGCGCAGAACGGGCUGAAGGUGGUGGAGAUGGAGUCUGAGGCGGAGGCUGGGACUGAGGCAGAGGGCCAGAUGACACCUGGUGUGGGGGGGGCGGUCCCAGAGGCCAGCAGCCCCCCCAGCGGCACCGACCUGCCAGCUCCACUGAAGGAAGACCCGGCGCAGAGCAGCCAAUCAGACACCCACCUCACCUCUCAGGACAUGCGCCGUGCCAAGAAGAUACGGAUGGAUGUGCAGAAUGCAGCGCUGCAGCACCUUUUCAUCAGGAAGAGUUUCCGUCCCUUUAAAUGCACACACUGUGGCAAGGCCUUCCGGGACAAAGACAAGCUGGACCAGCACCUGCGGGUCCACGGCCGGGACGCUUUCGCCUUCUCCUGCCACUAUUGCAACAAGAGCUUCAUCAGCGACUCGGCGCUGGACGACCACAUGCUGCUGCACACGGAACAGCGCUCCUACUCCUGUCUCUUGUGUCCCGAAAUCUUUGAUAGGCUGGAAAUGCUCAAAGAGCACGUGAAAGAGCACGCAGUAAACGGCUGCUUCACCUGUCCGUCCUGCAAGAAAACCUUCCCCGACUUCAUCCAGGUGAAGAAGCAUAUCCGCUGCUUCCACUCAGAUCGGGUCUUUCAGUGUCAAGACUGUGAGAAGAUCUUCUGCCGGCCGGACAAGCUGCGCUUGCACAUGUUACGCCACUCUGACCGCAAGGACUUCCUGUGCUCAACAUGCGGCAAACAGUUCAAGAGGAAAGAUAAGCUGCGUGAGCACAUGCAUCGCAUGCACAACCCCGACAGAGAGGCCAAGAAGUCGGACCGCAUCCAUCGCUCCAAAACCCUGAAGCUCAAGGUGCCCACCACCGACUUCGAGAGCUUCAUGUUCAAAUGCAGAGUGUGCAUGAUGGGAUUCAGACGCAGAGGAAUGCUGGUCAAUCAUUUGUCCAAGCGUCACCCAGAGAUGCGUAUUGAUGACGUACCUGAGCUCACACUGCCAAUUAUCAAGCCCAACAGGGACUACUUCUGCCAGUACUGUGACAAGGUGUAUAAGAGUGCCAGUAAGAGGAAAGCACACAUCCUGAAGAACCACCCCGGGGCAGAGCUGCCUCCCAGCAUCCGGAAGCUUCGUCCCGCCGCUCCUGGAGAGCCGGACCCCAUGCUGAGCACACACACACAGCUGACCGGCACCAUCGCCACGGCACCGGUGUGUUGCCCGCACUGUGCCAAACAGUACAGCAGCAAGACUAAGAUGGUUCAGCACAUCAGGAAGAAGCAUCCAGAGUUCGCCCAAAUCGCCAACUCCAUCCAGGCUCCUCUCACUACAGCUGUCAUCAGCAGCACUCCUGCAGUCAUCAGUGCGGACGGAACCACAGCAGAGGCCGUAGUGACCACAGAUUUGCUGACCCAGGCCAUGACGGAGCUCUCUCAGACUCUGACCACAGACUACCGCACAGCGCAGGGAGACUACCAGAGGAUCCAGUACAUCCCAGUGUCUCAGGCGGGGGGGAACCUGUCGCAGCCGCAACACAUCCAGCUACAGGUGGUGCAGGUGGCUCCGGCUUCCUCCCCACAUUCCCAGCACCCGACAGUGGAUGUGAGCCAGCUGCACGACCCUCACGGCUACAGCCAGCACGCCAUCCAGGUUCAACACAUCCAGGUCAACGAGCCCUCAGGCGCCGGACAAGGGGCCGGACAGGUCAGCGGUCAGCCUCUCAGCCCCACCUCCCAGCAGCCCAGUCAGGAGCUGAGCCCCACCCAGCUGACCCCUGUGACCUUGGCUCAGAGCCACACCCUGCAGAGCAGCAGCAGCCAGCAGCAGCAGGGGGGGGCGGUGCAGCACGCAUACAUCCCCGGGAACUGGAACUACAGAGGCUACUCCUCUGAGAUCCAGAUGAUGGCUCUACCUCACGCCCAGUAUGUGAUAGCCGAGGCCAGCACACCUGUAUCCGGAGGCAACAGCAACCAGGUGAAAACGACACACUACGUCAUCUCUGAGGGUCAGACAGAGCUGGAGACAAAGCAGAACGUUCCUCAGAACACAACCCAGGCCCACGCUGAACAUCUGGAGCAGCAGCCGGCCCAUCAGCAAGCCACAACACAGUACAUCAUCACCACGACAACCAACGGCAGCGGUACUAGUGAAGUUCACAUCACAAAACCUUGAGCUGCACAGGGAUAAACUCUGCGAACUUGAUGAGUCCUGCAUGUAUACCUCAGCAGCUUGUAUGCUCAUACCUGAACACACAGUCAGAUGGAGACUUUUAUACAGAGGAGGAUGGACUGAUGAGCAGCACAGUUUUAUGUGUCUGUGAAGUGUUUAAUGAGCUGUGGAGAUGCAAGCUGCCAGAACUUUGGGAGGAAAUAAACUGAGAAAUGAAAAGGUUUGAUUUGAACAGAUGAUAUAAAGGACAGAAACUGAACUUGUUUUAAAUACACAGCCCUGGAGAAGAUUUUAAAAUGAAACUGCUGAAAACAGGAACCUAAAUGACAUUCAGUGUUCCUGUGCGCGAGGAUAAUAAACGCAACACGAAGUCCUUCUGUGUGACCUACUGGAGUUUGAAGUGGUGAAAUAGGUUUGUUGUUCGGUCCUUGCACAGAUUUGAGUGCCCAUUAAACAUAUUUGUACCAUUUAAAAAAAAUGUCAAGUAUUUGUAGAUGACAAUUAUGGAAGGAUAUACAGAACUGAAACAGUCCUGCGUUUGGCCUUACAUAACAGGUCAUUGUCAUUUUGCCCAACACACCAUCUGUUGUAUUGAGUGUACAACGUAAUGCUGUUAUCUGUGAUUUGUCUAUUAAUUUGUUUUUGGUAAAUGACUCUGAUAUCUGUUUUAUUUAAAUGCUGGAUUGUCCUUUUCCCCCAAAUAUCUUUUCACUUGUCAUGGUCACAACUACAACACUUAUAGUAAAUAUUCAAGAAGAUAUUAUUAUUGCUUUUCCAAGAAUAAGUACAUUUAGUUUUACAAAGCUCACAGGAUAAAAAAAAGAUAAUCAUCACAGAAAUAUGGCAAAAAUAAUGUAAGUACGUCCUGGAGAACACAAACACACCACUGCAGUAAGAAAAGUUGGAACACUGGAGGACAGAAACAGAUUUUCAGAUCUUUAGUUCACUUUCUUUUUCCUUACAGUUCUCCAUCGUUUCUUUGCAUUGAGGAUAACCAGAGCCACACAGCUGCCAGUGAACUUGGUCAUCUGUCCUAACGGGUGAACACAACUUUUUGUAGAAGCUUUUAGACAGACAAGUGAAAAAUAUUUGCGUUGCAGUUGUAAAAAAAUAGGGACAACUCAAUAAGUUGCAUUAUUUAAGGAUAGUAAAGGCCUAUUCCACUCUAUUAAUCUAUUCACCUACAAAAUAUUGUAAGCCGUUCACACACAAAUAUGUGAGGGAAUAAGUAUUGGAGAACACAGGCUAAAUGAACGGCCAUUGUAAAAGUUAUUUAUAUCCGUCUAUGACAAUAGGCCAUGCUGUACAAUUUAAAAAAACAAAAAAAAAAAAAAUAUUGCAGGAAUGUAAUUGGUUUGAUCAGGUAGAGCGACGAUUUUGACCAUGUGUUGAGAAAUUAAAUUAUUUUAUAUCUGUA